AUGGACGCGGCGUCUGCCAGCGAUUCCGGAGGAGGAGACGGGGGCGACGGGGGCUGGAACAUCUCCACCUCACCCGCGACGGUCACUGAAGACGCAGCCAGCUUCCUUCGUCGGACCAUCGGGCCGCAGGAGCUUCCACUAGACGUGGUGCUGCCCAUCACUGUGGUGUACGCCCUCAUCUUCGUCACGGGCGUGAUCGGGAACGUGGCCGUGUGUCUGGUGAUCUUCCGUCACCCGGCACUGCAGACAGCUACCAACUUCUACCUCUUCAGUCUGGCGGUGGCCGACCUCACCGUGCUCGUGCUAGGACUGCCCAACGACCUGAAGGUGUACUGGCGCCAGUACCCGUGGGCCCUGGGACGGCCGCUCUGCAAAAUACGCGCCCUCAUCUCCGAGAUGACAUCGUACGUGUCGGCACUGAUAAUAGUGGCGUUCAGUUUGGAGCGCUACCUCGCCAUCUGUCAUCCGCUGCUGUCGUACACGAUGGCCGGAAGACGGAGGGCCACGCGUAUCAUCGUGGGCGUGUGGGUGCUCUCGCUGCUGGCGGCGGCCCCCUUCGCCUUCUAUACGGACGUGCACUACAUCGAGUUCCCCAGCGGUUCUGGCAUAUUUCUGGAGACAAUCUGCUACAUGCCCAACGAAUGGCCUCUCAUCUUCAGUUCGUUCGUCUUCUUCAUCGUUCCUAUGUCGAUGCUUAUGUUCAUAUACAUCUGCAUAGGUAUAAAGAUUCACCACGUGGAGACGAUUCAUCGCGUGGAAACGGUGGGCGGCAGCACACUGGGCCCCACCGGCUCCGGGGAGGCGCGCAGAAGGGGCAACCGGAGAGCCGUCCUACGAAUGCUCGUUGCGGUUGUCAUUGGAUUCUUCCUCUGUUUUGCGCCCUAUCAUGCUCAGAGGCUGCUGUAUAUUUACGGGAAGCAGCUGCCAAACUACCGAGAGAUCAACGAGUACAUGUACUACACCACCGGCUGUUUCUACUACGUCUCGGCCACAAUAAACCCGAUAUUGUACAACGUCAUGUCGGCCAAAUACCGCCGAGCGUUCAAGGAGACCCUGUGCGGCCGCCGGUCGCCGCUAGGUGUCAGCACCAGUACCACGGUGAUGGCGCUGUCCCGCCGCGCACGGGCCACCUCGGCUGACCGCGACUCCGGCUCCGGAUCGAGCCCCCGCGCUCUCUCCUCGCCCUCCCUGAACGGCACUCUACCCACCGGCCGGAGGGCGACCCUGCGCAUCAACGGCGUCAGUCAUGACGUCUCCAUGGAAACCAGGGUGUGAGUGAUGUGUCGAGCUUGUGAGGGUGAGUGGUCAGAUGGCGUCUGAACGGAUAUUUCUUUUUGGUCGUUCGGUAAAGUGGCGCAAGAGGACUCUAAGCUCUAGUUUAAAUGCCAGCAACAUACGGUUCUAAAAUGGUUGAUAAUUUCAAUAUCGUUGAUGCAAAAAGUUAGAUAGGUGAUAACUGAUUUGUAUUCAAUAGGUAGUGAAGAUAAUUGCGCAUAAAUUCUCACAAAUAAUCCUCGUGCACCGUUACAUUUUGUCGUCAGUUGACACUGGCUGAGCCAUCACAAUUUGUCAAAAUUGUAGUGGCGCAGAGCGAGCUUGGAAAGUGGGAUGCGAGCUUGGAGAAAGAUGCCAGCCUAUAAAGUACCACUACACACCUUUGAAGUUAUAUGAAUGUGCGUGCGAGCGAUAACUCAUUUUUGUCAUGUGUGCGCAUUGGUAUACCUAUUUGUGAGGCUUGUCCUGUGAGAUUGAAUUGAUGUUGGGCGGGCUGUGAAUGACUGGUCAGACGAAAUGAUGAAUAGUCGUGUUUUGCGAUGCGCGUGGCUACUGACAUCUCAACGAGCUGUCUGUCAGAGGUUAAGAGGCAUUCUACGCUUUGUGGUUUGCUGUUAUGUGAAUGUUGUCACUAUAACACUGACGAUCUCACUCGAUUGUCAAUAUGCCAAAUCAAGGACCUCUGUAUGCGAGGUCUAUGGCCAAAGGUAAAGGCAUUGUGCUAGAUGUUGUGGAAC